AAAGUGUCCGAAAUAAAUCUCGUAUUGGAAGUCGGACAAGUCCCACAAACUCCGUGCCUUCCAUUUUGGGCAAAGUGUCAACUUCCAUUUUAGGCACCCACCUCAAAUCAAAUCAAAUCAAACUCACAUUCUUUCUCUCCUCUUCUCCGAUCCGCUUUUCGGGUUCCGCCGCCCAACCCGAAAACCCGGCGCACAAAUCAUGUCCCUCACCGCCGUCCAAGGACCCCCUGAAUCCGAAUCGGAAGACGGGCCCGAUUCAGAUCUGGGCGAGCCCAACGCCGCCUGGCCCAGCAGCUCGUUCCAUUUCCGGUCGGGGACUCCUAGGAGCCGCCACUCCUCGCCGGGUCACUCGCCCCGACCCGGCACCGGCACCGGCACCGGCCACGGCCACACUAGGUUCGGCGACGCGGAUUCCCAAACGACGUCGUUUUGGGGGGGACUGAGUGCGCAAUGGAGAUCGGGGACGAGGAAAGUGGAGAGGGCUUGGUAUAGCAAAAAGAGAGUGAAAGGGAUUGUGGGUGUGAUUGGGCUGUUGGUUUUGUACUUUGUUAUGAAUUGGGUUAUGCUUUUGCGGCUACAAGACCACCGCCUUCAUAGCAAGUCUUGGUUUUCCGGCAAAUCUUCAUCGUCUCCGGCGCCCAUCUCGGAAAAGUCAAAAAAAUAUGGUAAAGGGAAAAAGCCAGUGAAAGGUUACGAAAGAAUGUUGGCUUUUGCUGCUCAUGCCUUGGCAGAGGGACAUAGUAAGCCCGAGCCAAAAGAUUUGUGGCAGGAGCCAUUUGUUCCUGCUUCUUCUUGGAAACCUUGUGCGGACCAACGCAGCUGGGAACCCAAUGAGGGAAAGAAUGGAUAUAUAAUGGUCACUGCAAAUGGUGGGAUGAACCAGCAGCGGGUUGCGGUUUGCAACAUUGUUGUUAUUGCACGAUUACUCAAUGCAACCCUGGUGGUCCCCAAAUUUUUGUAUAGUAGUAUAUGGAGGGAUGUAAGUCAAUUCAGCGAUAUCUAUCAGGAGGAUCAUUUUAUUAACUACUUGAGUCCUGAUAUUCGGAUAGUGAAGGAACUCCCUAAGGAACUACAAUCAUUAAAUUUGGAAGCUAUUGGUAGCCUUGUGACAGAUGCAGACAUCCCUAAAGAGGCAAAGCCAAGUUUUUACUUGAAAAACAUUACCCCUAUUCUACUUAAAAAUGGGGUUGUACAUUUUCUUGGAUUUGGGAAUCGAUUGGCAUUUGAUCCAAUACCAUUUCAGUUGCAGAGACUUCGAUGCAGAUGUAAUUUUCAUUCCCUGCAAUUUGUUCCGAAGAUACAAAAAAUGGGUGCAUUACUUCUUCAAAGGUUGCGUCACAGUGAAAGUCAUGCUGGACCACUGGAUCAUUAUCUGGUUGGUCCAUAUGCAGCACCAAUCAAGAAAGAAAAUGAAGGUCCUGCUAAGAAAGCUUCCAAGUAUCUGGCUUUACACCUGAGGUUUGAAAUUGACAUGGUAGCCCAUUCUUUGUGUGAAUUUGGCGGAGGAGAUGCGGAGCAAAAGGAGUUGGAAGCUUUUCGACAAAUCCAUUUCCCUGCAUUGGUGCUUCUCCAGAAUACUACAAGGCUACCUACUCCUGCAGUACUCAGGUCAGAAGGCUUGUGUCCUUUGUCGCCUGAAGAAGCAGUGCUUAUGCUUGCUGCUCUUGGUUUCAAGCGUAAGACACAUAUAUUUGUGGCAGGUUCACAAAUAUAUGGAGGGAGAUCAAGGAUGAUUGCUUUGACGAGCUUGUACCCUAAAUUGGUGACUAAAGAAAACUUGCUUUCACCCGCUGAACUUGAACCUUUCAAGAAUUUUAAAUCUCAGUUAGCAGCACUGGACUUCAUAGCCUGCACUGCUGCCGAUGCAUUUGCCAUGACUGAUUCUGGAAGUCAAUUAUCAUCCCUGGUAACUGGUUUUCGCAUAUACUAUGGUGGAGGGAUAACACCAACAAUACGACCAAACAAACGGAGGCUUGCCAGCAUUUUUUCAAAGAAAUCCAGUAUUGAAUGGCGUGUGUUUGAGCAGAGAGUGAGGAAGGCAGUUAGACAAACCAAACAUGUUCAGCCAAGACCCAGGGCAAGGAGUGUUUAUCGGUAUCCGCGGUGUGACGAGUGUAUGUGUAAUAUGACAUUAGUGAUAUAAUUCUUGUAGCCAUCAUCCUAUUGUUGCCAAUUCAAUUGUAUUGUGUAAAUUGAACCAUUGUUCCAAUCAUCAAUAUAAAUCAUUUAAUUUCACUCA